AUGUACGACACCCUAAAAGCGCACAUAGUACAGCGAUUCGGCGAAUCCGAACAAAGACGCAUUAAAAAAUUGCUACAAGAACUGGAACUGGGAGACAUGCGCCCAUCGCAACUGCUUAGGGAGAUGCGAAAACUCGACGGCAAUGGGAUGAACGACGCCAUGCUGAAAUUGGUAUGGCUUAAUCGACUCCCACCCGACGUACGAUCAAUAAUUUCCAUCAGUAGGGAGCCGUUAGGCAAAGUGGCAUGUUUAGCAGAUAAAAUCUUGGAGGCUAGGGACGGCCCACAAUUGCACGCGGCAUCGAAUGCAGUCAGUUCGGUACCUAACCACACAUUAACACAGCAAAUCGAACAACUUUCGAAAGAGAUUACGAUUCUAAAAUCUCGCGUAUCGUCACAGUCACGCAACCGCAACAGGAGUUCGUUGCGCAACAGACCACAAACGCCUCAGUCGACUGCAGAAACAUGCUGGUACCAUUUUAAGUUCGGCGAUAACGCAAAAAAGUGCCGUCCACCGUGUACCAAGUCGUUAAACUAA